UUGCAGAUCAGAUUCUGAUAGCCAAAUAUGCAGACGAAAAGAGCGCAGGAGAACAAGGGCAGUGGGGAAUUAACGAAAUAAGACAGUGUGUUUAUGCAUGGUGAAAGUGAGGUCGAGCGAGAGACAGAGAGAGAGAGAGAGAGAGAGAGAGAGAGAGAGAGAGAGAGAGAGAGAGAGAGAAAUUAAGCUAUUUCCUUCUGCCCUUUGAGCGCGUAGGACAAAACUGAAAUCGUAAAAAGUAGGGGAACAUGAAUAGACGCAGUACCACUCCUGAAAAAGUAUUGAAAUAUAAUAUAUUUAGAAGAAGUCGUCUGUUGCGCGUACGGGAUGUAUUUGGUACCAUCCUAACAACGCACUGCUUUCCUCAAAAGUACCAAACAGAAGAGAAACAAACAGAAGGGGAGAGCAUCUCAUCUAAUCCUCUUACUGAAGGGAAUACAGUUAAAUACAGUAACGUUAAGCUUCUUUUUAACGACGAACCAAGGUGCAACUGCAGGCUUAGGAAUGCUGAGAACACUUUUGCAAAGGGAUGCACCCAUGAAAGAAUAUGAACAUGCCUACCUUCUCGGAGCAAUUUGCCAAAGAUGGAGCAUGAAAACCCAUCCUUUGAAUGACAUUAAACUCAACAAAAUCUCAUCAAGAGAGAGCUUCUGAGUGGACAGUGGAAUAUUCUAAAUGGACAUGUGACUGCUUUUAUUGUGACUUACCUGGAGUGCCAAAGGUGUUUGAUCUGAGCAAGAUUUGCAGGUCAUCAAUUUCUAGCACAACAGGCACCUUUAAAGUGCCACUGUAACUAUAAUUUAAAGGAAUGCUUUCAUUGAUGUAAUUUCAACGUAGGACAACACAUAUUUCGAAACUUAAGUAAAUGUAACUUAUUUGGGCAGGUAUAGGCUUACAUUUGUAUAGACAUCCAGCAGAGUUGUUAGGUUGUAUCCUGCACGUGGCAGGUGUCCCAACAUGAAAACAAAACGGAUUCGAAGCUGAUCCUCUCUGUGUGUGGACCGACUGUGGCACAUCUUGCCUCCCUCCGGACACUCGGUCUUGGACCAUGGAUGUGGUCUCUACGAGUGCCAUGCUCUCACAGGUGUUCUUUUUUCUGCACUUUGUUACUUUGACACUUGGCCAGUAUGACAUAUGCAAGUCGCUGGUUAGUAUGGAUGAUGGACAAACAUGGGAGUUUUACGCAUGCCAGCCCAAACCCAUGGCUAUGAAGGAGUUCAUGCAAAUUACGGUGGAUCCCCCUGGCAUCACUUGCGGCAAUCCCCCGGAGAGGUUCUGUACUCUGGAGAACCCGUACCUGUGUAGUGACGAGUGUGACGCCUCUAACCCGGACCUGGCUCACCCUCCCCAGCUGAUGCAGGACCGUGAGACCAGCGGCCUCAUCACCUACUGGCAGACGGUGACGUGGAGACGCUUCCCGGAGCCCCUGCUGGCCAACAUCUCCCUGGCCUGGAACAAGAGCCUGGAGCUGACCGACGACAUCCAGGUCACCUUUGAGUAUGGCCGCCCCACCAUCAUGGUGCUGGACAAGUCCCUGGACAAAGGGCGCACCUGGCAGCCCUACCAGUUCUACGCUGACGACUGCAUGGACGCCUUCGGCAUGCCCGCCAAGCGGGUGCAGGACCUGUCAGCAACAAAUGUGACUCGGGUCAUCUGUACCGAGCAGUACUCUCGCUGGGUGGGCUCCAAGAACGAGAAGGUGCUGCGCUUUGAGGUGAUGGCACGCUUUGCUAUCUUCGCAGGGCCCAAGCUGCUCAACAUGGACAGCCUGUACACACGCAUGGAGAGUAUGAAGGGCCUGAGGGACUUCUUCACCUUCACCAACCUGAGACUGAGGCUGCUGAGGCCGGCCCUAGGGGGAACCUACUUCCAGAGAGACAACCUCCUCAAAUACUUCUACGCUGUCUCCAACAUAGAUGUACCAGCCAGGUGUAAAUGUAACCUCCAUGCUGGCCAGUGCACCUUUCGAGAGGGCAGCCUGCAGUGUGACUGUGAACACAAUACGACGGGCCAGGACUGCACUCGCUGUGAGAGGGGCUUCAAAGCCAAGUCAUGGAAACCUGGAUCCUACCUACCCACCCCCAACGGAUCCCCCAAUACCUGUGAGGCUGCUGGGACUCUUGGCAACACCACCAGCUUCACUGACACAGUGACAGCUGUGGUGGGUCCCACAUCCAGCGCAUCCAGCACGCAGCUCAGUGACUCCCUCACUGACACACCAGUGCUGCUUGUGGCAACUGACCAAACCUCAACUAUACCAGCCACUGUACCAGUCUCUGCUUGGCCCGACCAGACAGAUAGUCCAUCCUUAAACACAGUGACCUCGCCCCCCCUGGAGGUAAUGCCCCCCACAACCACAGUGGAAGCGCAGCCGAAAGUUACUCAAUCAUCUGAAGCAGCUGACGCCACAUCUGACUCAGUCAUACCAUCAUUUGAUGCAACCAUUCCAACAUCAGAUGGAUUUACUCAAACACUAGACAGCACAACGACAACUUCUUACACAGUGACUUCUGACACCAGUACCACAUCACCUGACACCAGUACCACAUCAUCUGACACCAGUACCACAUUACCUGACACCAGUAUCACAUCAUCUGACACCAGUACCACAUCACCUGACACCAGUACCACAUCAUCUGACACCAGUACCACAUCAUCUGACACCAGUACCACAUCACCUGACACAAGUACUACAAUAUCUGACACCAGUACCACAGCAUCUGACACCAGUACUAUAACAUCUGACACAAGUACCUCAUUUGACACAAGUUCUACAGCAACUGACACAAGUUCUACAUUUGACACAAGCACUACAUUUGGCAGAACUACUACAAAAUCUGACACAAAUGCUACAACAUUUUACACAAGUACUACAUUUGGCACAAGUUCUACAACAUUUUACACAGUGACUCCAACAUCUGACAUAUUUACCACAACUUUUGGCACUGUUACCUCAGCAUCUGCUGUAUUCACUUCAACAUCAGGUGUGCCCUUUCUGGCAUCGGACACAGUUACUCCAGCAUCUGAUGUAGUAACACCACUAAUAAAUGGAUUUACCGCAGCACCUGAUGGAUCUACUUCAAUACCGGGAGUAGUUCCUCCACCUCCCGACACAGUUACUUCAGCACCUGAACCUCUUUCCCGGGCACUGGGUGGAGAUACCGCCCAAGCACCAGACACAUCUACACCAGAUGCAGCUGCUCCAUCCCCUGACACAGAUACCUCAACAUCUGAUGCUACUACCCAGGCACCUGAUGUAGUUACUACAGCUCCAGACUCAUCUUCCGCAGAUCCAGAUCCUGCUACCCCAUCUCCUGACACAGGUGAUCCAGCUCCUGAUUCAGUUGAUCCAGCUUCUGAUUCAGGUGAUCCAGCUCCUGAUUCAGUUGAUCCAGCUCCUGAUUCAGUUGAUCCAGUUCCUGAUUCAGGUGAUCCAGCUCCUGAUUCAGUUGAUCCAAUUCCCGAUUCAGGUGAUCCAGCUCCUGAUUCAGUUGCCCCCAUAACUGAAGCCAAAUGGGAAAGCAAAGAGGAGGAGAAUAAGAAAGAGAGAAAAAAAGCGGUUGUCAAACUGUUGAUUCCUGGUGGGUCUAAAUACAGCCAGUCUAAGGUUGCAUACGUCCAGUUUCAAGACUGUGAGUGCUAUGGCCACUCGAACCGUUGCAGUUAUAUUGAUUUUAUCAACAUCGUGACAUGUGUCAGCUGCAAACACAACACUAGGGGGCAGAACUGUCAGCACUGUCGACUGGGAUACUUCCGGAAUAUCUCUGCCGAGCUGGACGAUGACAACGUUUGUAUAGAGUGUAACUGUAACCAGCUGGGGUCCUUCCACGCCCGCUGCAACGAGACAGGGUACUGCCAGUGUAGGGAUGGCUCCACUGGGCCGAAGUGCGAGGACUGCCUGCCUGGAUACAGCUGGAGACAAGGCUGCUCCCCCAACGUCUGCGACGACGACAUGCUGCUGUGCCAGAAUGGAGGCACCUGCUUCCAGAACCAGAAGUGUCUGUGUCUGCCGGAGUACAAGGGCCUGCUGUGUGAGCAGCUGCUCUGCGAGGGAGAGAGGGGCUGCAGCGGUGCCUUUGCCUCCUACCUUAGCCUGGUCGCCAUGCUGAGCUGCCUUCUAGCCAACGCCCUGCUUAGAGUAGUCACUGCUUGCUGAGCUACACCCGGGACAGCUGGAGUACACCUGGCUGAAUUUUUGGGACCUGCCGUUCACAGCGCUAAGCUCAGUCUCACUGUGCUGUUGCAUUCUGGGAGAGUGUUUGAGGGCUCCAGGCCUCCCAUCGCCUUCGCCACGAUGAGACAAAGAGAGAGUUCCUCUCUCUCUCUGACUCUAUGAAAGCCAGUGCUGAAAGAACUUAUACCAAAAAAACAAAAUCACUAUCUAAGAAAAGUUUAAAGAGCGAAGAGGAUUCUUUAUGAACGUUUAUUUUCUUAUUGUCAUACAUCUAAGUUUGUUCUCACUGAAAUACUGCACUUAGCCAUCCAACUUGUUUUCUGAACCGAGAUGGUUGUAAUCACUGCUGAGGCCUACUAAUGCCAAGUUUAUCUUACUCUCAAAUUCACGUUUCCUUACUUUGCUGCAUAGUUAUUUGUUUCCUGGCAACCAUCAUUGAAUUGAAAAGUGGAGAAAUAUAAGUAAACCAUUUUUUUUUUACCAGAGUUGAUGUUUCAAUAGCUUGUGGUGGAGAAUCAAUUGUCGCAUGGAAAUCAUGAAGCAAAGAGUAUAACCUACCCAAAUCCAACAAAUCUAUGUAUGAAUAUUUUUUGGUAGAAAUUGUUAUAUUUGUUCAAGUAAACGUUAUCAUUCUGAAGAAAAUGACCCAUGAUUAGCUUUUUAUUACUGUAAACCUUCCUGCGAAUGUGACUGUUAGAUGAUGUUCCUGAUGCCAUUGCAUACAGACAGUUGAAGGAAUAAAGCCUGAAGGUCUGAAAGUUGAAGAUUUCAAGUCCAAGGUUUUAUCCCACACACACACUCACUCUCUCUCUAAUAGGUGAAUAUAAUAUUUCUGGACAUUUCUGUAACCUAGUUUUAGAUACCUAUUACAUUACACGUUGAGAUCACAAACAAGAGCAUUAUCACGUAUGUCUCUAACAAAACAUGUACAGUGCUAGAGCUACAACAUGAAACCAUGACAUUGAUACUACAGUAUUAUGAUUUUAUAUGUGUCCUUAUCCUGAGCAUCAGAAACCUGAUAUGCAAGGGAUAUCAUAUCUGGAUAUUUGACAUGAAAUUAUGUUUUGAAACAUGUGCAUAUGAAAUGUGAGAGCCCAUAUCCAAACUUAACAAGAUCCCAGCUCUGGAUUUUAGCAGCCAAGGAUUUGUUGGAUGACAGUUGUAGAGCACAAAAUAAGAUUGAUACACUACAAAUCCUCAAUAGAAGAAGAGCACCACAGUCAGAAAAUAAGGUAUGCAAAAUCUUCUAUUUUGUGUUUGUGAUGUUCUAGAAAUCAAUCUUGGUUUAAUAAAAUUGAUAUGAUA